CGAAUUCCACCACGCCGCUUCCACCACAGAGCAACCCGUCUACGCUGGGCAAGGCACCUCUGGAAGAGAAGCCUUCAACAAGCUCUCACAAGUACGCUACACUCUCAGUGGAGACUCUAGAACCGGACAGUCUCUACACAAGCCGUAGUGAAGCAGAGGGCAGCGCUGAUCAGGAGCCGUUCAAACGUAACGAACGUAACCGCGCCACGCUGGCACGCAUCCUGGCCAUCGAUCCGAGCAAGCAGAGCACGGGGGACGCGCCGAUCUCAACGCAACCGCAGCAGUGCAGCAUCAAGGGAGUGCAGAAGUUCCCGCAGGUCCUCCAGCAGAACUCGGUGGCCCCGUACAACCACCACAUCCCUCAGCUGGUAGCCGGUCAGGCACAGCGGAACUCCCCUAAAGCUGAACAGGUCCCCGUGGGCAGUCCUCCCACAAUGCACCACCCAGCAGAUCGUAACACACCCCCAGCAACAACAACAGCAGCAGCAGCAGCAGCAACAAGAACGACAGGAACAGCAGGAGCAGGAGCAGGAGCAAUGCAUAAGUUAUCCAAUGACUAUGAUGAUCUGACAUACAGGACAGGACAGCCACCAUUGUCGGCCAGCUCCCAGCGACCACGCAUGCACAUCGACGACAGCAUUCACCCAUAUCAUGUCACUGCCAACCACCGUGUGCCUCAGAGUGACUCGGACGCGCAGGUCUCGGCAGCUCUCUACCCGCUCACUUCGCCCACAAACAGCACCUCGACGGGGAGACACUUCCAAACGGCAGGUCCAUUCUAUCGACCGGCAUCGCCCACUACGUCAACAUGUGUGUCGUGCUUUGGCGUGCGAACCAAGCCCUACAAUGCCAAGCUUGUUGCUACGAGCAACAGAAAUCCCCGUAAUGGCGGUUCAUCGCGGAGUCGUGGCAAGAACGCCUCCUCACCAUCGCCAGUCGACGGUACUCAAUGCAAGGCCUAUCACCGUCUGACACUGGUGAUGUCACUGAUUGCCGCUGUACUGUCCCUAGCUGCUCUGGCCAUUACUCUCCUCGUGUUCCUGGGAAUACUGAAGACCGAUAUGACUGGCAGCUGUGAAUGUAAUGCACAGAAUGGCAUUCUCGGCCAGCCUGCAAACACAGCCACCACCACUGCUAUGCCAGCGUCCAAAUUUCCCGUUUCCACGCCGACCCCGAUCACCAACGCACCAUUGGCUAACACCUCUGAACAAUGUACACCCGUAUGCAAUGCAUCACUUGCAUCACUGGUGCGUGGUGAGAGAGGACCACGGGGACAGCAGGGUCCCAUUGGACCAGCCGGUCCUCAAGGAGCUCAGGGUAUCCCAUGGGUCUGCCCAGUAACAGGUUGGAUCCAGUUUGGACAAACGUGCAUCGGUGAGGCUGAACCUGGGUCAAUCUUCACCUAUGAAGCUGGUCGUUCAAAAUGUGCAGAGAUCGCUAAUGCACCUGGAGCCAAGCCCCUCGUGAUCACUUCACGAUGGUUGGCACUGAUGGCCUUCACGCUUGCUGUCCGGGAGGAGUCGAUAUGGACAAGUUUGCAAACUGGUGAAGAUGGACUGCUCAAGGGUGCCGGCGGGCAGUCCGUGAAUGCGCUGACGAACUCCGCACUCUACAAAAAUAACAACCUCUCUGGCGCAGGCUGUGAUUACAUCUCUGAGUUCACAGGUCCAACACUGCAUCCCGUUGUCAGGAGAGGUUCCUGUGACACCAAGCGACCCGCCUUGUGCAUCGUACAACCCUAAAUGAUCCAGUACCAUGACUGGCGGUAGGAGGUUUUGAUUGGUCUGGGCCUAUCCUCGCCUUUCAUACAGUUUGUGUAUGAUAUGGAGGGUAGUCACAUGACUUUCAUACAGUUUGUGUAAGGUAUGGAGGGUAUAGAUAUGACCUCCUCAGCAGUAAUCACAUGUUGGAAGGCAAAACGUUGGUCUGGUCAUUGUCUGACCAAGCGGAUCGGUUCCACUGAGCCUGCAUAACAGCUACCUGUCCCAAAAUUGAAUAAUCUCUCAAGAUAUGAUGAUUGUACGAAUGGUGCAUGCAUGGAGAUGCUGAUUGGCCAUUGCCCAGACAAGGAUCACGUGAUGCCUCUAGGUCUGCUACUCAGCUGUGCUGUAUAUAUACAUACAUGUAGGCUUGGGGGCCUUUGAAGUGGCUCCCAUCGAUCUGGAUUGUCGCUACAUACCUGUUACUGUCAGGCCCGUUUGAGUACUAAUAUAACAAUGUUUUGUGGACAAAAUCGGUGAAAUUAUCUUGUUCCCAGGCAAACGGUGAACCGGUUGGCCUACUCUCUGCAUUGCGCUUACUAAAUUUACUACAGAAUAUCCAUCCCUGCCUGUAUUUAUACCCAACAUGCUCAUACACAUACACAUACACGUACAUGCAUGCAGAGGAUGCAGUAAUGCACCCGUGGCCACUUACUGGUAAGUAACUCUGCAUACUCUGUAAAUUAUACUGGUAGACCACUGUGUAUUACACUAUUGCGGCAUUACGAUAUAUUCCUCUUUGCAUCCAAUACAAAGUAAUUUUUUUUAAUCAACUUCCAUUUUCUUUUCAAGUCGUUUGACGUC